AUGAAAGAUAAAUAUAAUUUGAUGAUCAGAAGAAAAAUAAAAAAAUAUUCUCCAAAAAAAUUUCAAAAUAUCGACGAUUAGUUAAGCUCCCCAUUAAUAACGAAUGAGAUUCUAUUGUAAAAAUACCCAGGCAAUAGUUCAAGUAAAAUCUCAAGACCUGACUCUGUAUUAGAAGAACCUGGUAGUAUGUUAGAAUUUUUGCUUCAUUUAGAGAAUUCUAACUACUGUCCAUUCAUCUGA